AUGUUCUCCAGCGGCAAGACUCUCCUCACCGCUGCCGUUGUCGGCCUGACCGUCAUCGGAUUUGUCCAUGCUGCCCCUCACAUUGACAGUGGUGAUGAGAAUCGCGCUCUCUCCAUGCUCAACACCGCUCGCUCCGAGGCUGGCGUCCCAGCCCUUAUUUGGGACAACAACCUCAAGGAAGGCGCUGACAUCUGGGCUAUUGAGAUCGCCAAGGUCGGCUACAUUCAUCGUUCCCCUGCUCAUCAGCGCGAUGGUGCUGGUGAGCUUCUGGCCCACUUCAAGGCUCUGGAAAUGUCCAGUGUCCUUGUGACCAACCCUCUUAUCUCGGCUGUGAAGCUCUGGCUCAGCUUCAAGGAUAUGGAUAACUUCAAGACCACCGUCGAGAACUACUACGAGACCUUGGGCAUCACUGAGCAGAUUCUCUCCGACAAGGCGACUCACAUUGGUUGCGCCACCCGCCUGGGUUUUGCCGACAGUGGCGCCCGGGACCCCCUCUCUUCCUUCACUGUCUGCCGUGUCUUCAAGGAAGUCAAGCCUACCACCAUCAUUGCUCGCCAGGAUCUCAGCCCUGGCCCCUUCCAGGGUGAUAUCACCUUCUUCAACCCUGCCCUCGGUGCCUGUGGCUGGACCGACAACGAUGACUCCAUGAUUGUUGCUCUGUCUCAUAUCAAGAUGGGUUCCCAGUCCAACGGCAAUCCUCUCUGUGGCAAGACCGUUCGCAUCGAGGCCGAGGGCAAGUCUGUCAACGUCAAGGUCACUGACAAGUGCAUGGGAUGUGCUGUCAACGACAUUGACGUCAGCCCUACCGUCUUCAAGGCCCUUUUUGGUGACCUUGGCCGUGGCCGCGUCACUGGUGUGACUUGGACUCUUGUCUAA